AGUUACUCGCAAAUAAAAAGAAAAUCAAUUUGGGCGUGUAAUAAUUCCGAUUCAAGAUGCAACUUUCAUGGUUAACCCUCCUCGUCAUGGCAGCCCUGAUGCCGCUAACGUGUACAGGUUACAGAAUCUUGUUUAUGGGACCCUUCCCGGCACCCAGCCAUUGGAUGUGGAUGGAGCACUUUCUAAAAGACUUGUUGCGACGUGGACACCAAGUCACUACAUUGACUAACCAUCCCGCCAAGCAGCCACAUCCAAACUUAACGGAGAUCAUUAUCGAUCCAAAGCUGGAUAUUGCCGCUCAUCGACCGCGUGAGAACAUUUUUAAAAUGCAUUUCACAAGUGAUUUCGAGAACUUGCAAAUGUAUUGGCAUGUCGGCUUGCUUAGCUCGGAGCACGCAUUCAACGACCCAAAGGUGAAAUCUCUGAUUGCCAGCAAGGAUUUGGAAUUUGAUCUUAUCGUGUUGGAGCAAUUCUAUCACGAGAGUUUCCUCAUGUUCGCGCACAAAUUCAAAUGUCCCGUCGUUACGCUGGGCACAAUGGGCUAUGCGGACAAUAUGGAUCAUGCGAUGGGCCUGCUGACGCCAUGGGCUACCGUGCCGCAUUUGCUGGUCGCUUUCACAGAUCAAAUGACCUUCCUGCAACGGGCCUAUAACACAUAUUUGUCACUGUAUGAUGCGGUGCUGAGGCGCUGGUAUUACAUGCCCAAGAUGCAGGAGAUGGCUGAGCGCCACUUCGGUGGUUAUAUCGAUGGUCCUCUACCGCAUGUGAGCGCUCUGGAAAAAAAUAUUUCCAUGAUGUUGAUCAACAGUCACCGCAGUACGGAUGUGCCACGUCCCAGUAUGCCUGGUCUGGUGGAUGUAGCUGGCGUGCAUAUCAAGAAACGCAAGCCACUGCCAGAAGAUUUACAGAACUUUUUGGACAAUUCCACACAAGGCGUCAUCUAUUUCAGUUUGGGCUCGUACAUGAAGAGUACUGAAAUGCCUCAAGAAAAAAUUAAUCUCAUACUAAACGCCUUCAGCCAGCUUAAGCAAAAUGUGCUUUGGAAGUUCGAGAACUCAUCAAUUGGUCAUCUGCCACCCAAUGUGAAAAUCCAAAGCUGGUUGCCACAAAACGACAUACUCGCCCAUCCGAAUGUGAAGGUGUUCAUUACGCACGGUGGCAUCUUUGGCACUCAGGAAGGCAUCCAUUGGGGUGUGCCGAUGCUGUGCAUUCCAUUCUUUGGCGAUCAACACCGCAAUUCAAUGCGUUCGGUGCAGGGUGGCUAUGCGCGUUGGUUGCAUUUCGGCCAAAUGACCAGUGAAGAUCUGGUACAGAAUCUCCGGCUACUUGUCAACGAUCCUAUCUACAAGAAGAAGGCGUUAGAAAUGUCACAGAAAUUCCGCGAUAAUCUCGUCGAUCCACUGGAAGAGGCCUCCUUUUGGAUGGAAUAUGUGGCCCGACACAAAGGCGCAUCACAUUUGAAGUCACACAGUGCUUAUUUGCCACUCUAUCAGUAUUUGUUGUUGGAUGUUUUUGGUUGUGCGCUUGUGCUGUUGCUCUUGGCAUUGUGGAUACCUCUGCGCCUAAGCGAACUGAAAACUCCAGCUUUCGAAUUUGUAAAACAAAUCGUUUGCUUUAGUAAGGCGAAAACGCAAGGUACGAAAGCGAUACAAAUAGACCUGAAAGCAAGCAAUAAAUACCGUUACGCGGGCUAACACAAGGCGUUGCCGUCCCAUACAUAAGGCUAUGUUGAGUUAAUUUAUAAAAUGGAGUGCUAUUAGGCGUUUAAGCAUUCUUCUCGUAUUUAAGAAUUUGAACACUUAAUUAUUACCAGUCUAUUGUCAAUCUGUAGUAAUCGAUUAAGAGUCAAAUCCAAAUGCGCUUUUUUCUUAGUGUAAGAAAUUGUUGUUAUGUUUGUGGCGCUAUCAGUGAGUUGUUUGUACAAUUUUGUUUUUGUCAGCAGACUUCUAGGAUAGUUGAAUAAAAAACUAAGCAAUCAUGCACGACUAGAUUAA